AUGAUUCGUACAAGACUACAGUCAUCAAUAAGAUCAUUCACCACUAGCAGCAGUAUAUCUCAAAAAUUCAUAUCACCAAAUGAACUAGUAAAUCAAUCAACACAACAAAAACUCGAAAAUCAACAAUUUAAAAAAAAUUUACUUCAAAAUCAAAUCCCAUAUACUCCAAAGACAUUAAGUUCACAUAACCUUCAAAACCAACGUCCCAUUCCAAUAAACGUAGAAUUAUUACAAUACAAACCAUUGAGAUUGCCUCCAACACAUAAUAAUGAAGUUGCAACAUUAACUUUUAGAGGCUAUAAUGAAGAUGAUUUAAUUGGAAUGGGAGAAUUUGCAUUAAGAUCAGGUUAUUAUUUAGGUAUACCAUUAUCUUCUUUAACUACUUUAAAAACUGAAAAAAGAUUAUAUACUGUUAUUAAAUCACCAUUUGCUCAAGCUAAAACAAAACAAAAUUUUCAUAGAACUACUUAUAAUAAGAAAUUAAUAGCAUAUGAUUCUAAUCCUGAAGUUAUUGAUUUAUGGUUGAGUUAUAUAAAUAAAUAUAGAUUAUCAGAUGUUGAAUUAAAAGCUACUAUUACAACUAAUGAAAAAUUAACAUACAAUGAAGAUUUAUUAGCUACUGAAGAAUUUAAUUUACCUAAAGCUUACGAGGAUUUAGAAGAUCCUGUUGCUUUAAAAGUAAAAGAAUUAUUACAAUCAGCAGAAUUUAAAAGACAUUUGUAA